CGAAAAACGAGCUCGGGAGUCUCAUGCUUCGCCUGUUUUCUGGAGUCCCGGUUCCGGGGCGUCAGGGUGUUUAUUUGAGGAGGCAAGAGACUCUGUCGAAGACCUCGCAGAGAGUCCAACCGUUCCAAUCUUCACGUCGCUUGCUGAGUUUCUCUCCCAGGUUUCCUCGCUUUCAGAAGGCUUCCUGAAAUCCUUCAAAUCCACGCGGAGGAAAACACGCAAACCAACGGCCGUCGAACACUGCGGUGUACAGACACCGGCUUCUUCGCGUCUACCACACUUCUUCGGCAAAAUGCUGCCCUCUUCCCGUCUCCCUCCGCUUUCAUAUUCCUCCUCUCUCUCUUCCUCUGUGCCUUCUUUUUCCUCGUUUUCUGCCUCUCCAUCUUCUUCUGCUUCUUCCUCUGUAUCUUCUUCACCGUCCUUCCAGUCUCCGCCGUCUUCCGCUGGCUCGUCUUCUCGACCCUCUCCUCAGUCUUCCUCUCUCUCUUCCUCUCUCUCUUCCUCUCUCUCUUCCUCUCUCUCUUCUUCUCUCUCUUCUUCUCUCUCUUCUUCUCUCUCGUCUUCUCUUUCUUCUUCUCUCUCUUCCUCUCUCUCGUCUUCUGUUCCGUUCUCUGCGUCUUCUUCCCCGUCUGCGUCUGAGUGGGCUGCUUUGCCUUCCGCUCCGGACUUGUCUGCGGCAGAGUACUCGAACGCCUCUCGCUUGAACUGCGUGGUUGGCGCGCCGGCGGAGCCUCCUGCCUGUCUGCUUGCCUCGCUGCGCGCUCCUCUCCGGCUGCCGGACGGCGCGCCCACUGCCUCGGCGCUCUCUUCGUGCGUCUCUUCGCCAUUUCUGUCGCCACUCGCGGCGCCUGCGUUUCCAGAGAAUCCUCGUUCCUGGCCGCAGAGUCCGAGCUUCCGAGUCCAAGGCCCUCGCGCGAACGUCCUCACGCCCUGCCGGAGCAACCAGUUGACGCGUCGACGGCUAUCCUGUCACUCCGCGGACUCCGUUCGAGCUGCGGAUGCAGCGUCGUCUGUCUGCGGCGUCGCUGAAAGUCCCGAAAUGUCGGCCGAGGUCUACGGCUUCGUCUCUUGGAUCGCCUCCUUCGCGGCCUUCCUCUUCUUCUUCCUCUGGGCCGUCGUCCCCCACAGAUACUUCCACCAGGUCUCCAUCACCUACCUCGUCGACCCGUACUGGGCUCUCGCGUUCCCCGUCAUUCUCUUGAUCUGUCUUGCGACAACCUUCUUCCUCUACACAGCUUCGACUCUGCUGAAGACGCAGCCUCUGGAGUCCUUCAGUCUUCUCCCGGGUCGCGCACACCUCGCCGCCAUGCCCGACAAAAUGACUGCAAUUCUCUGGAGCGCAGCAGACCUCUCCUCCCAAGCGAUCGUCGACAUCGCCACCAAGCGCAAGAAAUGCUACGAAGAUCCUUCCUCGGUUCUGCCUUCUCCUCCUCCCCGGCGCAUUCAAGUACCGGAGAUCUACGACCUCCCGCCGGGCGCUCUCAACAGGAUCAUGUUCCCUCUUGCUGUCGAGUAAAUGAACUGCUGCAGGACACUCGAAGUGCAAGUUGGCCCAUGUUGGGGUGUACGUACACCCGGCGAGAGGCCGAGAAGCGCUGCGGAAUUCGGGUGUGGAGGAGGCGAUCGAUGCUGCUUUGCUUUUGUUCAAGGGUGUGGUUUGACGGCGUCGGCAGGGGCGUCGAACGCGCGUCGCAUGAAAAGAAGCGAAACAACGCUCUCCAGAUCUAGACAAGAGGUGUGUCGCGUCGCGUUAGAAACAUCCGAAAACAGGUACUCCUUCUCAAAGCGUUUUUGUGGGAUCGUCAGGAUGAAGGCAGCGCUAAUCGUUUCAAUGAACAGUGUCGUUGUCGAAGCCGGGUCUCUUCGGACUUCUUUUCUCUCCGACACCGUCAGUUUCGUCCGUCUCUCCUUCGUUCCUUCCCCCGUCUUUGUGCCUUUCGCGUUCCUCCUGUCGUUUCCUCCUCACCCGUUCCCUUCAACAGACUUGAAGUUUUCUCCAGUGCAAAUUUACUCCUUGCCUUUCUCGAAGGUCGC